CCUGCUGGACGCUCAUUGGCUCUUUUUACUGCCACUUGUACCCUGUGUACCUCUGUAGGUAACAGCGCGUCUUCCUAUGGAGAGGAUUUUGUUUGGUGGCAACUAACCCGCGCGGGGUUAGUGUGUUCACUUAUACCAUUGUUUUUAUACUAAGUGUUGCUAUCUGAGUUCAUUAUGUGCUCUUUCUCGCGCGGGGCUAAGUCAUAAUGUGACGUAAGCUGCGCGAGGCUGUUAUUAUCAAGUUGUUAUGCUAAGGAGUAUGGUCUCACGUGCAACCUGUUAUGAGGUUUGCGCGACUUUUUGGGACCAUACCCCUUCAAGUCCCCCCAGUCCAGUGCUGCACCAUGCGCAACGCAAGUGGUUGGAGCUCUGGACUUGAUAAAAAUAAGAGAAGGGGAAGUUGUCCUUUUAAUCGCGCGAGGUGUUAGCAGUUUACGUAUAUCUGGCGCGACUCUUGUGACUUCUGCAUGAAGUUACUUGCACGUUUUAUGGCGGGAAACUUCGAAAUUUGAACCUCUGACAGGUUGGUGAGAUAAGUCGCUGAGAGCGACGCUUGAGUUGACCCCUGGCACGGAUGUCAUCAUGCCGCCUGCGGCGGUUGCACUUCAUGUCAGGAGAGUGGAUGCCACGCGCGCGUGGUAACCGUCGUCCCUGCUUUUCCGCUUGACGUGGCAACCUCUCGUUGGUUGCCCCUGCGGCGAGUGCGGCACGGUUACCCAUCGCAUUAAAUGCGAUGGGUAUAUAUAUCCGAAGAGAAAGGUGAGAGAUUCACUUUCUCUUCGUUUCUUCUCCCUUUUUCUCUUUGAGUCUUCAUAUUGUUCUUCAUCUUCUUCAAACUUUCUUCAAAUCUUCAAACUUUCUUCAAGUUUUUUCCAGCUUUUUCUUGAAACAUGAGCGAAGAACAUCAAGAAGCUCCUGCUAGUGAGGAGGGGCCAGUCCCAGUCCUGAGAUGGGACUUAGGUUUAUUCGAACAGAUCGUUCGAAGUUUUAGGUUUCCACCGGAGUGGGAUGCCCGGUACCCUGCUCAGGGUCAGACCGCGGCUGAUGCCCCACCCGGUUACAUUACUUUGUUCGAAGACUUCUUCCUUCAAGGAAACUUCCGGCUGCCGGCGACUAACUUCUUUGGUAGCAUAUUGUCCUACUACAAGUUUCAUAUCUCACAGUUAAGCCCACCUGGGAUGGUGAGGGUGAGGCACUUUGAGUUCUUGUGUCAAUCCCACGGCAUUGAGCCGACGGUGAAUAAGUUUCGUGUCUUCUAUCAACUGCAAAGAACAAUGGGGUUCUUUUCUUUUGCUAGCCGUGGUACGGCUAAGAAGAUUUUGUUGAAUCCUCCCAAGAGUUUCCAUGACUGGAAACCCAAGUUCUUCUUCAUCCGGGAGGAAGUCUUGCCAAUAGCUAUGCCGUUUAGGGAAUGGACCGAGGUUAUACCAAAGGAGGACCUUCCUAUACCGAAGUCUGCUCAGUGGUAUCAGCGGCUUACCGCAACCCCUAACCGGGUAUUUGGGGAGAAUGUUCUGGUUGCUGCCAAGAUGAGUGACCAGUGGUCACCUAGUAGCAGGGAACUCCCGGUCUUGAAGAUCGGGGAUCAAGAGACGCAACUCUAUCAGGCUGCCUUCCCAGCCUUUGGUGGCUCCAUGGGCGUUCGCCCUCUGCGCGAUGAUGAGGAAGGCUGGUAUGACCAGAUAAAGGGGAACUUCAUGUUUCCUGCUGCUGACGCCUUCGCCUCGCCGCCGGAUGCAACUGAAGGUGUGUUGCGCGAUCUGGGGGUUGACCCAGAGGAGAAGAAGAAGAAACCUUCGAAGAAGAAAAAGAAGGCGGAUGUUGAAGUGACCAGCAAGGGUCCUGGCGCCAGUCGCGCAACUACUGCUGCUGUCAAAGCUAUGGGAAAGACUGGCGCUGGUGGGUCAAAGGGCUCUGGGAGCGCGGGUUCUCGUAACCCGGAUGCUGACGCAACUCCAUCUCAACCUGAGGAUGAAGAAGAAGAGGAAGAAGAGACUGCCCCGUUGAUUGGAAGAAAGAGGGGUAGAAGCGAGGCGACAACUGGUAUGGCCUCUGCGCCUGUUUCAGUUGUUAUUCCCGUUGUUGGGAAGAAGAGCAAGUUGCGCUCGUUAUACCAGUUUUCUCCUGAGAUCAAGAAGAAGACCCCUGAAAAGGGGGUUAAGUUUGUUAAACCCAGCACGAAAAGACCUAAGGUUGCCACUGAACCUUCCGAUUCUGCUGCGCGUGAUGCUGCGAAAACUGCUGAAGCGCAGCGAAAGGCAGAAGGGGAUCGGAGGAAAGAAGAGAGUAGGAUUGCUGCGCAGAAGAAGGCUGAAGAGCUAAAGCGCAAAGAAGAGGAAGAGAAAAAGAGGAAGGAGGAGGAGGAGAGAAAGCUGGAGGCGGAGAGGAAGAGGAAAGCGGAAGAGGAGAGAAAGCUGAGGGAGGAGGCGGAUAGGCAGAGGAAGGCGGAAGAGGCGAGGAAAGAAAGAGCUGCCGAUCAGUCUUCUGUUCAAGGGCAGUCUGGUGUCCCAAAACCUCCCCCUGCUGCGCCGAUUGUUACUUCUAAGGGGUUAGGGCGCUAUGUGUCUAGUGGUGCAAGCUCUGGAGGAGCUGGGGGCUAUAACCCCAAUGUGAUAGGUGCGAAGGAUACCGUCGGGGAUAUAUAUAUAAAACUUAUACUGAAGAGGAACAAGGAUACGUUUGUUGAAUUUGGUCCUUCUCGCGAUUGGUACUUGAACCAAUUCACUCCUGGCGAAGUUAACCGUCAAAAGGCGAAGCCGCAUGAAAUGUUGUACCGCACUUACAUUCUUGCCGAGGCCAACGCUCGAUCUGCUAACCAUCAGAUAGUUCGUGAAUGGCGAACAAUGGUCAGAGAGCGCGCCGACUGGGAGGCUUACCGAGAACGUGUGCUAAAACGUGUUGGUGAAUUUGAGAAGGCUAAGGCCACAUUUGAUGAGGAGAAAGCCAAGUUUGAGGCUGAUAGGAAAGCUGAAGAGUGGGGUCGCGAGGGCCUGCAAAAGAAACUUCAUAAUGUGGAAGAGCAACUGGCCAAGGAGAAGGCCGAGUUCAAGCGCAUCUGCGCCCAGGACAACGAGCGCGCCUAUGCGGCUCGACAAAAAAUUGUUGGUCUUGAGGCUAAGAUAGCGGAGCUGACAUCGAAGGUGGAGGAAGCGCAGGUUGAGACAGCCGCUAAACAACAGAUGGAGGUUGAGUUGUCUGAAGCUAAGGUUCAGCUGUCCACCAAGGACAAAGAUCUCCAGGCCAAGGACGUUGAGAUUGCGGAGCUCAAACGUCGCUUGGAUGAACAAAUCGACAGAUGUGAGUCCCUGGAGAUCGACCUUGAGGCAGAGAAGGUCAAGGCCAUCGAUGCUGAGGAGGCGCGUGCUGUCAGCACUGCGGCGCUUAACGUGGCUCAGACAAAUUAUUCUGAGGCCCAAGGCAUUGUGGACACGCUUGUUUCUGAAGCAGAAUGGAUGCGCACUCGGGGAAUAGUGCUGGUUGCCAAUUCCAUCUUGAACGCCGGCGAGCUAGAUCGCGCUGUUGCUGCUCUUACGGAUGCGGCGCGUGCAGUUGGUCAUCGAGGAGGUUACCUGGAGUGUGCUGAUCACGUUGAGCGAAUGCUGGGACAAGAAUUCGAUACAAGUCAUUGCUCAGUGACGGAACAAGCUGAUGCUGCGCUGGCCAGUGCUGAGAACUCAUAUGACAACCUCUCCUUGCCCAUCAUGGACUUGGUUGUUAGUGCCUUAAAAAAGGAUGAUUGGUGUCAGCGCCUCAAGGCGAUCCUUGAUCCACCGAUUACUGUUGAAUCAUCUGAUGAGGAAGCAGCUGGUGAUGAUGGCGGAGGUGAUGACGAUGGCGACGAUGGUGAGGGGAACGAAGAUGAUGAUGGUGAGAAGAAAGAAGACAAAUAGAGUAGGUUGUUAGUUUGUUGAUAGGCGUUUGUGCCUUUGUUUCUGACUUGAUUGUAAGUGAUGCGCUUUUGCGCAGUUUUAAUGACAAUGAAAUGUCUUCGUUUUUUCUGUUGCAAUUAUUGCAUUGCUGUAAAAACUUAGGUUAAAUUAGCUCGAAUAAAUGGAAGCGUUUUCUAAGCAUAAGGUGGCCACCCGGUCUCGCGCUUUGUUUGCGGAGGACCUUGGAGGUGGUUUUGAACCAUCUCAAAAUGCUGGAGUGUUUUCGCGCUAAUCAGAAGUUUAACAUGCAUUUGUAACGAAAAAA